AUGGAAGGAAGACAAUAUUACCCUCCGAGCGAACACGUCGACGGUAACAGAACAGCCAUGGGAGGACCUCACUCGCCGUGGCAUUCACCAGUUCCUUAUCUCUUCGGUGGUUUAGCGGCGAUGCUCGGUCUCAUCGCUUUUGCUCUUCUAAUCCUCGCUUGCUCUUACUGGCGUCUCUCCGGUUAUCUCGACGGUGAGGAAAACCAGAGCAGAGAGAGAGAUCUUGAAGCCGGAGAUGUGAAACCAGAAAAGGAGAUGAAGCAUGUAGCUUUGCCGGAGAAGUUUUUGGUGAUCAUGGCUGGAGAUGUGAAACCAACUUACUUGGCGACGCCGGCGGAGAAAAGCUGUACUUGUUCCCAUGAUGAAGAUGAAGAUGAUGGUGGUGACGUGGAGGUUGGUGAUCAGGUGGUGCGGCGGAGUACUGAAAGUAACGGUACGACAGCGACACAUUGA